AUGAGGGAAUAUGCAAAGGCAACACAGAAAUUGGGAGUAUCGCUCAUGGGAAUCAUUACUGAAGGACUAGGUCUUGGCCCUGAAUACAAAUCCGAUAAAAUGGUCAAAGGAGUCCAAGCCAUAAUGGUCAACAGCUACCCGCCCAGCCCCGAGGCGGCGCAGCAAGAUCUCGCGCUCGGACUUCCGCCACAUUCCGACUAUUCUUGUCUGACCACCGUACUCCAAGGCUCUCGCGGCCUACAAAUUCAAGAUCCCGGCGGGAUUUGGAGGGAUGUUGCGUAUGUUGAGAGUGCUUUAGUAGUGAAUAUUGGCGAUUCUGUAGAGGUUAUGAGCAAUGGGGUGUAUAUAAGCGUGGUUCACAGGGUGAAAAUUUUGAGUAGUGAUUUUACUAGAGUAUCCAUUGCUAGUCUUCAUAGCUUUGCAUUGGAUGAGAAGGUGGAGGUUGUGGAAGAGCUCGUUAGUGAAAAACGUCCCAAGGGUUAUAAAGAGAGCUGCUUUAAUGAUUUUCUCAACUUCAUUCCUCGAAAUGAUAUUUCUGAGGGCAAAUACUUCAUUGACACCCUCAGGCUAGCUCAAAGUUUCGUCAUCCCAAAAUAA